GGAACUGCCUAAGGCCAGCAGGAAGGGGACACAAGUCAGAGAGAGGACAAAGGUGGACGCUGACUCCAAAUCUCUAAAGAGUGACCUCAUCCCAUCAAUUCUGCCUGCUUUCUCUUUGUUUUCUGGAGCAGUGAGCUCCCGGGUUCUUGUCUAGGCUGGGGACUCUGAAAGACUCCCUCUCAAAGAAGACCCUCUCUGGAAAAUUGAACCUCCAUUUGGUGACAAUUAUAGACCUGUGGAUACAGGAAAAGCACCUACCAGCUCUUCUGCUGGAAGCCAUCUCCUAGUCUUGGAGGUGUUCGUGGUCCAUGGAAGUCCCUGUGUCCAAGGAACUGCGCCUGAAUCACCCAGCACCAGGAUCCCCAAUCACCACCUCUGUGUCCCCAGAAGCUCCAGGAAGAAAAUAUAUCACACGCUGCUGGCAUCUCCCUGGACACACACAGAGUGUUCCUCCUAGCAGCAGGGCCGGGCCAUGGCAGGCCCUACGAUUCACAGGGACAUGGAGAAGAGUUCAGGAUACUGUGAGGCCCCAGAGAAACUGGGCCUGUCCUUUUCCAUUGAGGCAAUCCUGAAGAGACCCACAGAAAGAAGAAAUUUGCCCAGACCACAAAGCAUUGGUGGAGAGGACUCUGGGCAGACAACUAUCCCAGGUUCCAAGCUGGAGAGGCCCCCACAGGAUCAGCCCCAAGAGGAAAAAAAGAACAAGCGGAGAGUUCGCACUACCUUCACCACAGAGCAGCUACAGGAGCUGGAGAAGCUCUUCCACUUCACCCAUUACCCUGACAUCCAUGUCCGUUCCCAGCUGGCUUCCAGAAUUAACCUGCCUGAAGCUCGAGUACAGAUCUGGUUCCAGAAUCAGAGAGCCAAGUGGAGGAAGCAGGAGAAGAGUGGGAACCUCAGUGCCCCACAGCAGCCUGGUGAGGCCAGCUUGGCCCUGCCCUCAAACAUGGACAUGUCUGGUCCUGUGCUGACACCCACUGCUCUGCCCACGUUGGUGCCUCCAACAGAAUGCUACCUACUCUCUCAGACUCAGCUUGCUUCAAGCUGGUUCCCUGCCCAGAUUCCCCUUGCCCCAUGGCACCCAUGGGACCUACAGCCCCUGCCUGGCCCUCUCACCCAGCAGCCUUGUGUCCCUACCUUCAUCCUCCCAUCCCUGCACCCCAAGUGGGGCAGCAUCUGUGCAACUUCAACAUAGGGACUGGUUUCUCUCUUCCCAAGCAAGCAACUCUCCUCUUUCAGUGAUGGCAGGCAACCCUGGACCUCAGAGAAAAUCACUCCCCAAUCCAUCAAUGGCCCAUAGCUCAGGAAGCUACCCAGAGCUUGCCAUUAAAGACCGAAUGACAUGGAUGGCCAUGGAUGACAGCAAAGGACAAUUCAAGUCUCACAGCCAAUCAUUCUCCUAGUGCUGAUGGCUGACUAAGGGCUGGGAAUGAAGUCCAGAAUAAGUUACUCUCCUCUUACCCCUCUGGACCUCAUCUGUAACCAAGCAGCCAUUUCUAUGGACCCCUUUAUCUCUUACUUAGGAGAGCCUUGGGAUAUACAAGGCAUGGAGAGGGGUUGCACAUUCACACACCCAUCUGCGUACUUGUUCAUGAUGUCUGUACUGAACACUGAGCAUUGUGCACUUGAAAAUAGCUGUUGAGCUGCACAGGUCAGAUUCUGCCCAGGUUAGCUGAAAGGUGAUCCUGACCUCUGCCUGCAGAUGGAUGUUGGUGUCAAGCAACUCUUCAUGACUUUGAUAUGAAAAAUCUCAGACUGGGAGAUAAAUAGAAGAAAUAUUUUAAUUUAAAUG